AUGAAAUCUUCCACAAUUGCAUUCAUAACAACAGCAAUACUUGCUACUGUCGGAAUUGGUUAUUUGAUUCAUUUUGACAGAAAGCGUAGAAGUGAUCCUCAAUUUAGAAAAUGUUUACAACGCGAACGAAAGAAGGCAGUAAAGGAGCUAAAAAAGCAAAAAGAAGAAAAGAUUCAGACCAUUUCAACUUUGAUUGACGAGAUAUUGAAACAAGUAGAAAAAGAGAUCUUACCAGAGUCAGCCGAUGAAAAAGAAGCCUACUUCAUUGAGAAAAUAGCUGAAGGUGAACGCUUGAUUAAAGAAGGAAAGAUGGAUGAUAGUAUACUCUACUUUUAUGAAGCAUUGAAGAUUUACCCUGCACCUUUGGAAUUGAUCACAAUUUAUCAAAAAACCUUACCUGAAGAAGUAUUUCGCAUCAUUGUCAACGUUAUGGCCGUUGAGCAACACAGACGUCAAACGAGAUUUUAUGACGAAUUCCCACCAAAAGAGUUCAAUGUUAGAUUGGAGCCUAUCCAAGAAGGAAUUGAUGAUGGAAAAGAUUAUGCUUUAAUAGCAAAGAAAGACUUUGUAGAAGGAGAAGUGUUAUUUACAGAUGAACCCUUUAUAGCAGCUCUUUACCCAGAUUUAGAGGGAACAUACUGUAACUACUGCAUGAAAAGGUUGGACGAAAGUAACAAAAUAGAAUGCACCAAUUGUAAAGAGGUCGCAUUCUGCAGUAAAGAAUGCGAGGCGACGGCCACUCAACUUUAUCACCAGUUCUUAUGUACCAACAGCAAAAUAGAGUCCAAUAACAAUGUAGUAGAAUUCAUAGCGUUUACUAGAGCGAAUCAUGUUAUUUAUCCACAAAUGAUCGCACAAUUUCUGUCAAGUAUUGUAGCAGAGGAGUUACAAAAGAAGAAGUUAGGCAAAGCAGCUUCAGACUAUGGUGCUUGGGAUUACAUUGAAAGAAUGAGUUCAGGAAAUAUGAAAGCAUCCGAGGAACGAAACAAUGAAAUUUCAUUAGUGAAGACUAUGCUCGCCUCCAAGGUACCCGGUAUUGAAGACUUUUUGACGGAUGACAAAUAUCAGUUUCUGUUAGAAAAAUUGUACCAAAACUCAUAUGAAGUUCCUACAACUGAUGACAUAGAAUCUAUUUUGGUAUGCACAAAUAAUAUACUAUGA